CUGGGGCCGGGAGUCCGCCGUAUCAACCCGUUCUCAUCUGGAACAACCACAUGACCGCUACUGGCAAGGGAAAGCCGUCGUAUCCUCCUGCCAAACAUGGCUGCUCCUGCCCACCCCGCCCCUGCUGUGGCGCCGCCCAAGCGCUUCCUCGUCCUCUUCGACUUCGACGAGACCAUCGUCAACGAGAGCAGCGACGACGCUGUGGUUCGCGCCGCACCGGGCCAGCAGCUCCCGGAUUGGCUGAAAGAUUCCUACAGGGAGGGGCACUACAACGAGCACAUGCAGCGGGUCCUGGCAUACAUGGCCGAGCAAGGGGUGUCGGAGGACUCCAUCCGAUCUGCGGUGGAGAACAUCCCACCCACACCCGGCCUGCAGAUCCUCCUUCAGUUCUUGCUGACCCACCAGCAGGACUUUGAACUGGUGGUGGUGUCUGACGCCAACAUGUACUUCAUCGAGACCUGGCUGGAGCAUGCUACGGUGCGUCACCUUUUCCAGAGAAUUUUCACCAAUCCGGCCAGUUUUGAUGCGGCCGGCCGGCUCGUUCUGCUGCCCUUCCACUCCCACUCGUGCCCACGCUGUCCGGAGAACAUGUGCAAACAGGUGAUCGUACGCGAAUAUCUGGCGCGGCAGCAAGAGGAACGCGGCGGCGUCCCCUUCCAGAGGGUGCUCUAUAUUGGGGAUGGGGCCAACGAUGUCUGUCCCUCUCUGGCUCUGGGCCCCAGAGACACGGCCUUCCCGAGGAGGAACUUUCCAAUGCACCAGCUGCUGGAGAAAAUGCAGCAGUGCCAGCCAGCAGCUUUUAAGGCCAACUUAGUGCCCUGGAUCAGUGGGGAGGAUGUGGUGGGCCAUCUCAAGAAACUGGUGGAGGAGAGAUGA